AUGGAUAGAAAUCAAUCAUGUCAUUUAGCAAGUUCUGUUGCUAACAGAUGGCUUGGUCUUCGUUUAGAAAUGAUUGCUAAUUUAUUGACAUUAUUUACAGCUAUAACGGCGGUAUUUAUGCGUGAUCGUUUGACAGGUGGUACCGUUGGUUUAAUGAUAACAUUUGCUCUACAAAUUACACAUUCGCUCAAUAUGCUUGUUCGCGUAUCAAGUGAUGUUGAAACAAAUAUUGUUAGUGUAGAACGUAUCGAUGAAUAUGCUAAAUAG